AUGAAAGGAAGUCUGGAGAGCUACAUCCAGGAGAACGUGAAGAUGGAGAUGGCUGAAAUCCAGCUGCAUGCAGUGCAGAACCACACAGCUGCCAUGCUGGAGAUGGGCACCAGCCUGCUGAGCCAGACAGCUGAGCAGACCCGCAAGCUCACCGACGUGGAGACACAGGUUCUCAACCACACAUCACGGCUGGAGAUCCAGAUGCUGGAGAACUCCCUGUCCACCCAGAAGCUGGAGAAACAGCUGCUGCUGCAGACACAGGAAAUAAAUAAACUCCAGGAGAAGAACAGCCGCUUGGAGAAGAAGGUCCUGGACAUGGAAGGCAGGCAUGAGGAGGAGCUCCAAGGGCUGAAAGCCAAGAAGCUGGAGAUGCAGGGCCUCCUGUCGCAGCAAGCCCAGCUCAUUUGGGAACUGCAGCAGUACCUCGCCUCAGCCUCGGCCAACACCACAGUGCUGCAGAGACAGCAGGCCUCGCUUGUGGAGACCGUGCACCAGCUCCUGGGGCUGGUCUCACAGUGCAACCACAUCUCCCCGGUGCCCCAGGAUGAGAAGACGGUGUUCCAAGACUGCGCAGCUGCAUUCAGAUCGGGCCUGGCCACCAGUGGAGUCUACACCCUGCACUUCCCCAACUCCACAGGCAUGACCAGAGCCUUUUGUGACAUGGAGACCAGCGGAGGAGGCUGGACCAUCAUCCAGCACCGGAAGGACGGGUCUGUGGACUUCCACCGCACCUGGAAGGAAUAUAAACAAGGUUUUGGGGCCCCGCCUGGAGAAUACUGGCUGGGCAAUGACUUUAUCCACCAGCUCACCACUCAGCGAGCCUACUCCCUCCGGGUCCAGCUCCGGGACUGGGAUGGCAACGAGGCCUACUCCUUAUACCAGCACUUCUACUUGGGCAGCGAGGAGCAAAACUACCGGCUCCACGUGCAGGACUACAGCGGCACAGCCGGGCGGACAAGCAGCCUCAGCCCCGUGGGCACAGACUUCAGUACCAAGGAUGCUGACCACGACCGAUGUGGCUGCAAGUGUGCUCAAAUGGCAACGGGAGGCUGGUGGUUCGAUGCCUGUGGCCCCUCCAACCUGAACGGGGUGUACUACCCAGCCAGCUCCACGACAGUCCGGUACAAUGGCAUGAAAUGGCACUACUGGAAGGGGCCCAGCCACAGGCUGAAGGCCACGACCAUGAUGAUCCGGCCAGCAGACUUCUGAGGAUGGGCAGCAAGCUCGGGCUGUCCCACCACCACCGAGGAAAGACUGGCCUGGUGGAGAGCUGAGCUGCACAGCCCCAGUCACGGAGGCUUCUGAGUCAUUGAGGCUGAGACCAGCCUUGGCACCAUGGCAUGUCAGUGUCUAACCCCAGGGGAGCAAGAACGUGGUGGGCACUAGCUCAGCCCUGCACUCUGCAUCACCCCUGCCGCUCAAGCUCAAAGCAGCACCAGACCUGUGUCCCAUGGGCAGAGCAGCACAAGCAAUUGCAAGCAGUGGGCUCUUCCUGCUCCCCAAACCAAGCCUGUGCUUAUGUCUUAGUCUCUCCUUGUGUUAGCAGCUGGCUUGCGCACACAUGGCUGGCGUGCCAGGGCUGGUAAUGGUGCCCUGCUCAUGGAUGUGAGGGGCUGAUACCCGUGUGGACAAUGUGGCUGUGCUGGACUGGGUCCCAGGGCCUGGGGCAAGGCUGGGACAAGCAGGGGGUGGGGGUGAGCAUGGGCCUGAACCCCAGGGUCCAUAUCAGAACAGCCCUAAGGCCAGCAAUGUAGGCCCAGUCUUUGCUUCAGCCCAUUACAAGCCUUAAGGCCCAUGUAUGGAGCUAGUGUUUGUCCUCUGUGCGGGGUGCAGGCCCUUCUCUGCUGUGCCUAGGAGGGUGCCUUGAGGAUAUGGUGAUGGUGGCAGGUGGCUCUCAGGAGCCUUCCCCCUCCCAGCAGGUCCUAGACUCAAGGCUUGCUGGCCUCAUUUAGUCUGGCCUUUUCCUAGGAUAGCUGGGAGAUAGAGAGGACAGCAGAGGAAUGGAUAACAGAGAGGUUUGACUCAACGUGUCUCACUGAGGAACCAGCAGCCCGCGGAAGGGUUUGCUCUGAGAACAGGGCAGCCCCGGCCAUGGCUCGGAUACUCCAUGGUGCAUGCUCUUGGGCUCUUGUGCUGGCAGUCUGUGACAGGUUGCCUGUAUGUGGGGAUUUGCACUUCCCCACAACAAGCAAACAGGACCCACUAGGUCAAUCUGAGGCCCCAUCAGUAAGGGGUUUGCCAGACACAGCAGACAGCAAGGGCUGGAGAUUUCCAAGGCACCUGAGAGAUCUCUGUCUGACAGGUCACACACAUCAGCAAGAGACCCCAGAAGCCCUUCCCUACCCCGCAGCCGUCUGUGUGAACCCUUUCAGCCCAAAGCCUCUUGGUCACAGUGCAGAGACCCCUCUGCCCAGGCCUCUGGGUGCUUCACAAGAGACUUGGGAAAGCUGCUCAGACACGAGUUCACAGUGCAUUCGUCUUGACCAGUGUGCCAGACUGGUUUCAACAGCUGCUUUCUGCCCCUGUCAGCCCUGAGCCAGGAUCUGGCAAAGCUCCUUCUUCCAAAGGCUCCUCCUGCAUCCGAUGACAAGAGCUGCGGUUCAGAAGCAUAUCUGUAGGGCUCAGAGUUCAGCUCCUGAUGCAGGCUUGGGUCUGUGAGAUGAGCAGAGUGGCAGGACCAGGGGCCAAGGUGCUGAGCAAGGCAUCCCUGGAGGGAAGGCUGAAUGGAUGCACCCACUGGGCUUCAUCCUGCACUCAUAGCCAAAUCCACCCCUUCCAGAGCAGCCUGCAAAUGGGUGAUACCAGGGGUUCUCCCUGACUUGGCCACAAGUGCAAUGCUAACCUCAUGCUUGUAUGGCUCGGGUCUCCUGGUGCAGGCAUCCAUCUGUUGUCCUUUCCCCUUGGCUGGGGGAUUGGCAGAGAAGUCAUCUGGAGGGCAGGCUUCCACCCACUGGCUGGGCUUUUAUAGAUCCUGAGUGGGCUGGAGCCAAGUGUUGAGGAGUCAUUCCCAACCCCACCUGCUAGGCACAGGGAGGGGGGCUAUGCAGGACUCCAUCCCCUGCACUCAAGUGCUGAGCACUGGGGACAUCUCUGACCCAUGAGGCUCCAGGUAGAUGUGCACACUGGUACAUGCAGAUCUCCGGCUCUCAUCACUGCUCUGGGAGGGGGGUGCCCACUCAGCCCAAAUGCAGCACUUCCCAGAGCUAGCCUGCUCUCAGUGCCUGCAGUCAGACCCCCACAAGCCCCCUGACAUUCCCCAAGACUGAACCCCUGUCACUGAGGGUGGCUGGGGUCUGGUCCCUGAGUGAGGCAGGGAAGUUCAUGGACCCUGGGCUGCAUGUGAGGCUGUCGGUGCAGUGGUGCCCAGGCAAGCAGAGGGCCUGGCGCCAGGGUGAGUGGGCAUGGUUCCCAGACCUGCUCUCUGCAGGGCACUACUCUUCCUGCCUUGGCACCAGCAGCUCUCAGCAGGGCUUCCAUUAUCAGGACAGCCAGGGCACCUCUGUGCCUAGAUCCAAUUCAGCAGUGAGAAGUGAGAGCUGAGCUGGGGCAGGCAUGGCAGCGUCCUGAUACCCAGCACAGCAUGGCCCCUUGGCACAGUGCCUGAGUGCAGAAGCCAAGCCACUGGCCAGCAGAGUAAGGGGCACACACCAGGUGAGAGGAACUGCAGGCCAGCUGCCCUGGUCCUGGGGCAGGCGAGUCCAGGCAUGGAACAAACAGGCCAAAUCCUGCUGCUGGUUACACUGGUGUCCAUCCAAAGCAACCUAAUUAUCUCUGCUGGAGCCACCAAGCCACCAGAAUGGUGCCAAGGGGUGAGAGGCAGGGCAGUGGCCUUCUGUGAGCAGGCAGACUUGGGUGGGUGGCCAAGUGGAGAGGAAGGACUAAACCUUCUCCUGCCACAGUGGCCCUGAUCCUGCACCUGCGCUUACCAGCCUGGCAUUGGUACAUGAGCUGUGUGCCAAGGUGUGCAGCAACCCCAGCAGAGCAUGAACCUGCCUGCCAGGACCUGUGUGACAAGCAUGGCUGCGUAUCCAGCAUGCCCGCAAGCCACUCCAGCCACCCCUCUCCUAGCAGAGAGCCAGUCCAGGGCUUGGUGAAGGAGGCCUGAGAGCCUGAGCCACAGACCUAUUUGCCUUCUCCCCGCUAGUUGCUCUGAUAGGGAAAGGCAAGAUUUGCUGCCCUGGAGGUUACUGGCAUGCAGGCACCCUGCAAAGCAGGGGGGGGAGAAGGAGGGGCAUUGCACACCUCAGCAAAGUGAGAAGGGGGUAAGGAUUGGAGGACUUGGAUCUGGGCAGGUACCUCCACCACAGUCACUCCACCAAGCACUUCGGCUGGGGCAGCUAAGCCUGGUGGGGGUAGCUCCCUUAGUGACUGCAAUCUGAGCUGCCUCCCUACAUCAUCAAUGUAGCCCCAGGACCCCCGAGUGUCGCAGGAAGAGCCUCUUCCCCAAACCAACCCACAUACCCAGGCAGGGUCCUGCUAUACAUACCCAGUGGGGACAAGCAAGGUCAGGACCCCUGUGCCCUCAGGUGCUACCCAGAGGGUGCAUGGGGUGGAAAGAACCCCACCCCCCCCAUGUCUGCUCAGCCCAGCCCCUGGAGCCCAAAGCCCAUCCUGAGCCUGAAUUGCAGGUGAGCCCUGCCCUCUGCUGGCGCAGCUGGGGGUGGCAGCCAUAGCCAGGGGAUGCUUGAGGCACAGGGCUGGGUUUUCGUCUUCCCCAGCUGCACCCCUGUCUGCCGGGGGGGGGGGGGUUCCCCAUGCAGCAGGGAGCCCAAUGCAAACAGGAUUUGGGGGGUUCCUUAUAGCCCUCCCUCCUGAACCCUCUAUCUGCCCCAGCGAGGGUGCCCUGCCCUCACCUACCUGCCCCCUCUGAGCAGGCCCAAGGGGAAGCAGCCCACCUAGCCUAGCACUCAGGAGUACUACCACGCUUUGCAGCACCCUUUGGCCUCAGUGCAGCUCACUAGACACAGACUGAUGGCACCGUUCCACACAGACCAGCUUGUCAGGGUAGAGCAAACACUGACCCAGGCUGGCUCAGCAGUGGGGAAACCCUCUGCGGUGGCUGGGACCCCAACUGGCAGCUCUGCUCCCAGAGCAGGAGGGUGCAGGCCCCUGUGGCUCCUCUCAGCCCUGCCUGCAGCCAGCGCUGGUCACCCAGCAUGGAGGUCUGUGCACUCAAGCUGGUGUAGGCCACAGGGCACCUGGACUUGGUACCUUAAGAGGCACAAGACCUUGAUGCCCUGCAGCAAGGAGCUGAAUUUCUGGAUAGGGGGUUUAAAGCCCUGAAGCAGUGCAGGAAGAAGGGGAGGAACAGGAGGAUUAUUGCUGUCUCUGGCUCCGAGAGGACAAGGCAGGAGUCCUGCUUCCUUCCCUGGACUUUCCCUGUCUGGUGGCUCCUCCAGCCAGCAUGCCUGGGUAGUGCAGUGGAGGUCAGCUGAAGAGAGCAGGGUGUGAAGUUGCUCAUUUUCCCAGCCUGGCCCUGCCAGUGGCAGAUUUGCAGCAGAAGAGUAGAAGUGGAUCUUGCAGGGAGUGGGCAGCACUUGGGGCCUUUGAACCUAUGAUCUAAGCAAGCAUCUCGCUGGCAUCGCCCAUCACUUCUUGGAGGUACUUAAUUGGGGAUUGUGGAGGCUGUGCUGGGUGCAUGGUGGGGGUUGGAAACUGAGGCACAAGACAGCCCCAGCUCCUGUGUGAGCAGGUGUUUGACUCCACACUGAUUGCUGCUGCUGUGAUGUUUCCAAACGAGUGCUGUAGCAUUGCUGGUCGCAGGCCAUAGGGGAGGGACUUUGUUUUUCCAGGUCUCAGGGUGGGGUGUUGAGCUGAUACUUGUUUGUAAUUCUACAAAGACUUCCUGAUAAUGACCCCAGCCCCUGGGGCUGCCAACAGUAAAUUACUGAAC